AUGAAGUUCUCCCAAGCAGAAGGAGCGGACCCGGUCCUGACCCGUGCCAUUGCCGAAGACAAGGUGCGAUGGUGGAAGAAACCCAACCUGCGAUACCUGUACCUCUUCCUCUUUCCGACAUGUAUGGGCAUUGAGAUCACCAGCGGCUUCGACAGCCAGAUCAUCAAUGCUGUCCAGAUUGUCGAUCCAUGGCAGGAAUACUUCGGCGAGCCAGAGGGAGCACUUCUUGGAAUCAUCGGUGCCAUGUAUAGCUUAGGCGCUAUCUGUUCGUUGCCGUUCAUUCCCGUCAUCAAUCAGCAUCUCGGACGGCGAUGGUCGAUCUUUCUGGGUAGCUGGGUUAUGGUUGUUGGUGCAGUCAUCCAGUGUACUGCGCAACAUGUCGGCAUGUAUCUGGCCGCUCGAUGGUUGCUGGGCUUCGGGAUCCCGACGUGUAUCAUCUCUGGUGCGGCGAUGUUGGGAGAGCUGGGGUAUCCGAAAGAGCGACCUAUCCUUACGUCGCUGUUCAAUGCGAGCUAUUUCAUAGGCGCGAUCACUGCGGCUGGUAUCACUUUCGGUACUCAAUCUCUGGCACCAUCGGACUGGUCGUGGAGAGUGCCGUCGCUUUUGCAGGCUGUGCCGUCCUUGAUCCAGAUAUCGUUGAUCUUCUUCGUGCCCGAAUCUCCUCGCUGGCUGAUCAGUAAAGACCGACGAGAGGAGGCCUUCGAUAUACUCGUCACGUUCCUCGUCGAGCUCUUCCCCUUCGCAGUCCGUACCCGAGGUAUGGCGAUCUUCCAGUUCUUCGGUCGUGGUGCGGGCUUCUUCAGCACUUUCGUCAAUCCGAUCGGCCUGAAGAAUGCCACUUGGAAGUACCUCAUCAUGUAUUGCGUUUGGCUGGCUUUCGAGAUUGUGUGCAUCUAUUUCCUCUGGCCUGAGACCUAUGGCAGAACCUUAGAAGAGCUGACCUUCCUGUUCGAAGAUAAGUCUCUUCAAGAGCAGCAGGAGAAGAUCACAAUGCAGGAAUUGCAAAAGGACAUUCCGGAUGAGAGAAUCGAGGUGGUCGAGACGAAAGCAUAA